AUGUCUGCUCCGACGAUUCCGAAGACUCAAAAGGCCGUGAUCUACGAUCAGCCGGGAACUGUUUCGACCAAGGUGGUGGAGAUCGAUGUGCCGGAGCCUGGCAAUGGAGAGGUUCUCAUCAAUCUGACACAUUCAGGUGUCUGUCAUUCAGACUUCGGUGUCAUGAUGAAUUCGUGGAGUAUACUUCCAUUUCCAACUCAGCCAGGCCAAGUCGGCGGCCACGAAGGUGUUGGAAAAGUCGUCAAGUUGGGACCCGGAGCAGAGGCGUCUGGUCUCAAGAUCGGAGACAGAGUGGGAGUAAAGUGGAUUGCCAGCGCUUGCGGAAACUGCCCACCAUGCGGAGAAGGUGCCGACGGUAUCUGCCUUAAGCAGAAGAUCUCUGGCUACUAUACACCAGGUACUUUCCAACAAUAUGUACUUGGACCAGCCAACUAUGUCACACCCAUCCCGGAUUCCUUGCCCUCGGACGCUGCCGCGCCUAUGCUCUGUGCCGGUGUUACUGUCUAUGCUGCCUUGAAGCGCAGCAAGGCGCAGCCAGGCAACUGGGUGGUGAUCUCGGGUGCAGGUGGCGGUUUGGGCCAUCUUGCUGUUCAGCUUGCAAGCCGAGGGAUGGGCAUGCGCGUCAUUGGAAUCGACCAUGGGAGCAAGGAAUCUAUUGUCAAAGCCUCUGGGGCUGAGCACUUUGUCGACAUAACCAAAUUCCCGAGAGAUGACAAGGCCGCUGCCAUUUCUGCGCACGUCAAGUCGCUCACGACGGGUGGCCUGGGAGCACAUGCCGUCAUUGUCUGUACGGCGUCGAAUGCUGCAUACGCGCAGUCGGUCCUAUUCCUUAGGUUUAACGGCACGGUUGUCUGCGUGGGAGUCCCUGAGGGCGAGCCAGUUCCAGUUGCGUCGGCAUUGCCUGGUAUGAUGCUCAUGGGAAAUUAUAGCAUCGCAGGAUCCGUAGUUGGUAAUCGGACAGAAGCAAUCGAAACCCUGGAAUUUGCGUCGCGGGGAGUUAUUGGAGCCCAUUUCCGAACUGAAAAGAUGGAGUCUUUGACCAAUGUCUUCAAGGAAAUGCAAGAAGGAAAGCUACAGGGAAGAGUGGUUCUUGACCUGUCUUGA